AUGAGUGACUAGGAUUCUGGUCCAAACUUUCCACAGACUCUCCAAGUCUCAAAUCAAAUAGAAAUCGCAAAUCGAACCUAUAGCGAAAUCCUUAUGGAACAGAUUGUCAACGACGACGACUUCUUGUAUCAAUCCAUGAUUGAUGAUGAUCAAUACUCAAGAGCCAAAGUCAUACCUACCAUAGCCAAUCAAACCAUCAUCUACAGAAAUACAAUAGACAUGAAGAGAUAACAACCAAACAUAUUUUAAAGAUGCUUUGGAAGUAAGAAAUCUUCCAACAAGGUUACAAUGGCAGAGAUUAUUGAUCUUAGACAAAAAGAGUUAUUUAAUGAUUAUGUAUAUGAGACUGAAAAGGAUGGAUUCCUAAAGGAUGUCUAAAAGUACAUUCAUAAAGUCAAAGUUCUUGAACCAGACUCUUAAUUUUACAUACUUUGGUAGGUUCUAAAUAGUAUUUUGGUCGUUCUCUUCUUCUUUUAAAUACCUUUCAUAUUUGCUUAUUAACCCCUUAUACAGGAAAAUAAAUCAAAUGACUAUUAGGACUUCGAAACUUUUGCUCUAAAUAUAGCAAUCUGUAUAUUUAUUAUUGACAUUGCUCUCACUUUCAAUAUUGCUUUUUACAAAUAAGGAUAUUUGGUAAGUGGAAGAAAACUAAUUGCUGUAAACUAUAUAAAAACUUAUUUCUUCCUAGAUCUAAUCCCCUUAUGUUGUUUAAUUGAGUAUCGAAUAUUUCUUCACAAGGACACGUAAUUUGGAAUUACAAUAUUCUUAUUCAUUCUUAAAAUUUACGAAGUCUUUAAAACAAGUAAGAUGAUAUAAGAAUAUUUGUAAUUGGAACCUUAAAAAUUGGCAAAAUAUAGAUUAUUGAUUGUUAUGUUGACAAUCACAUGGUUGUGUCAUUUAUUUGCAUGUGUAUUCUUUUUUGUGGGAAGAAGGGAGCUAUGUAAAGGAGAUGAAAGUGUAUCUUGGCUAAGUGAAAGUGAUUUGAUCACAAUGCAUGGUGGAUAUACUUAUUUGAAAAAACAUAUAUUUGAACUGCAUUUAUACUCAUUUUAUUGGGCAGUCACUACGAUGAUUUCAGUGGGUUAUGGAGAUGUAACACCUAAAAAUGCUUAUGAAGUUCUUGUUACUGUGGUGACUUAAUUCAUCUCUUGUAUCGUUUUUGCUUAUUCUGUUAAUGCAAUUUGGGAGAUGAUUAAUUAAUAGAAUGAAAAUAAACAGAAAUUUCAAAAGUAUGUUAAUGCUAUAGAAAGAUUUAUGCGAGAACACAAUGUGGAUAGAAAAUUAAAAGCUCGAAUAGAAGCCUACCUUUAUCAUCUAUGGGAAUCUGAAAAAGCUAGGGAUCACGAACUGGAAUAAGCCAUGAUUCUAAAAUUAGCUCCUGCUCUCAAGGAAGAAUUAAUUUACUAAACCCUAGGCAAGAUGCUCAAUCACAACCAAUUUUUCAGUUACUUCUAAUAAGACCUCUUAAUUGAGUUGGCUUAAGACAUCUAAUAACAAUACUACUCACAAGAGGAAGUGAUAUUCCAAGAAAGAGAAGAAAUAGAUGACUUUCCAGUCUUCUUUCUAACAAAGGGUUCAGUGGAAAUAUACUUAGAUAGCGAUAAACCAAUCAAAUUACAUAUAAUGAAAUCCGGCAUUUUCGGAAAUAGUAGCUUUUAUUACUGGUUAUAAGAGAACUGCUUCAGCUCGUUGUUUAACAUAUUCAGUUAUCUACAAAUUGUCUAGAACUCAAUUUUUAAAAAGACUAGAGAAAAAUUUUUUGAAAUCAGACAUCAAGUUCUCUUCAAUAACAACAAUGUUUAAUUAAAAUUAAAAUGCUACAUCUGUGAAAGUAAGAAACAUCUAGUAAUUAAUUGCAAAAAGACACUCUAUAUACCUGAAAAAAUGCCUAUUAUUCUAGAGACUUAUAAUCUAUAAAAUUAAAGAGAUCAUCUCUAUUAAAGAAGAGUAGUUAAACAAUAAUUCAAAGCUCUGUCUCACAUACGAGAAGUGUAGGUUAAUGCAGUAGCCAUUAAGAAGUACUUCUAAAAUAUCACAUUCACUCAAAAUUCAAGUGAUGAAGACAUAGAGUAUAGUUCAGAUGUGGAUGAUUAUGAGGAGGAGAUGGAGGAUAUUAAGAAGAUAGUCGAGUAAGAGAAAGAAAAGGCAUAAUUAAGAAAGAGAGGGCAAUGGGUAGCUGGAUGA